CUCUCACUUGAUCAACCCCCAACCUCCCCAUCCCCAUAUCUAAACCAGAUCCCUUUCCAUCUAACCCAUCACAAGUUCCCUCCCCAGUAUCCGUCCUAUAUUUUCGUCCCAACUGCCACCCCCAGGUGCAAUACCUUCUCUUCUCUAUUCCCUCUCGCCAUGCAUAUUCUAUUCCAUUCUAUUUUAGUCUAUUCUAUUCUAUGCUAUUCUAGUAGCAAUCUAUUCUGGUAGCGUUCGAUUUCUCUACCCUAUGCCCAUUAUUUCCCAUCUCUGCUUUUCUUUCUUACUCCACACUCUACUCAUCUCACUCCCCACACAUCAACCACUUCCAUACACCCUCCCUCAGAUACCCCAGAACGUCCAACCAGCCCAUGUCCCAGUCCUCAAUUUCCUCCUUCAACAAUACUGCCCUCUUCUCCCAAAGCCGUAUCCAGUCACCACCCACCCAGCACCUUACCAGUCAUUCCUAGCACUCCCCCUUCUCUCCCUCCUUGGCCUCCAAUACAUCCCAUCCCUACUUUCCCUUCCUACCUCUCCUAUAUUCUCCCAUACCUUCAUCCAAAGAACCUAACAAUCUCAAUAUACAUUCAUCAUCUCAGCAGUUUAUCCCCGUCUGACAGCAACGAUCAUCUUCCCCUCUACACUUUCUUUCCAUCUCUAUAAGCUAAUUUUCUACUAACUAACACCAACCUCUCGCCCACAGCUUUGCAUUGGCCAUGUUCAGCUCAAAAUUUAAACUCCUCAACCCUCCAAAUACCCAGUUUCAUUCGGUUAAUCGUCCCUCCGCUAUUCUCCUCAUACCCUGCGCAAGUAGGUGCCUAGAACGUGAGGUGAAGCGUAGAAACAUGGGUUCGUCCAUGAGUCGAAACGACCAAACACCUAUCCUCACAAGCCCCACCUUUCCUGUCGUAGACUUGUUCCCUAAGUUGGGCCCAUCCAAUAUACCAAAAGUCUCCAAGAAAUGCUUCUUCCCGAU